UGAGAGGGGCAUCUCCACCGUGGUGGGGUGGGGAGAGAGAUGCGGGGGAUCCACGGACACGGGUGAUUAAUUUACAGUUUUGCUGGAGCCAAACACGCCUGGAAAUGCGCGCAGAAAGUGGGGAGAAGUGAGGCACAGAAUGGACACUGCGGAGGUGAUUCUGUCCCUGCUGGUAGUUGUGAUCAUCAUCGUGUCGUUGCUGUCCAACGUCCUGGUGCUGAUCUGCUUUGCGUACAACCCGGAGAUCCGCAAGCAGGUCCCGUGUCUGUUCAACCUGAACCUCACCUUCUGCAACUUGUUGCUGACCGUGUCCAACAUGCCGCUCACUUUGGCGGGACUCGUCAGGGAGGCUCAGCCGGCGGGAGACGGCUUCUGCCGGCUCCUGGGCUUCCUGGAGACCUUCCUGUCCACCAACUCCAUGCUGAGCAUGGCCGCCCUGAGCAUCGACAGGUGGAUCGCGGUCGUGUUCCCCCUGAGGUAUCACUCCAAAAUGCGCCACAAGGACGCGGCGCUCGUGCUCGGUUACACGUGGGCGCACUCMGUGUCCUUCUCCACGGCGGCCGCCUGCCUCUCCUGGGUGGGCUACCACCGGCUUUACGCGUCCUGCACCCUGUCCAGUCCGGGGGCUGGCAGCCGGACCCAGUUUGUCAUCUUCACCGUGUUUUUCCACUCCUUCACCUUCCUGCUGUCGUUUGUAGUUUUGUGUUUCACUUACCUGAAAGUUCUGAAGGUGGCCAGGUUUCACUGUAAGAGGAUCGAUGUUAUUACGAUGCAAACUUUGGUGCUGCUCGUGGACAUCCACCCCAGUGUUCGACAGCGUUGCCUGGAGGAGCAGAGGAGGCGACGGCAGAGAGCGACGAGGAAGAUCAGCACCUUCAUCGGCACCUUCAUGCUCUGCUUUGCUCCCUACGUGAUCACAAGGAUCGUGGAGUUGUUUCCAGCAGUGCCUAUCAACCCUCACUGGGGAAUCGUCUCCAAGUGCUUAGCGUACAGCAAGGCGGCCUGCGACCCCUUCGUGUACUCCCUGCUGCGACACCAGUACAAACAGACGUGCACGGACAUCGUCAACAAACUGCUGAAACGGAGCCCCUUGAACGCGUCGGGACGGAUGGCCCAGCCCGAGAACCAGGGCAGCAGCCUGCCCACAGCAGAGUGACAGAGAGGCGCUGAGGGGGGAACCUGAUUCAAGACGAGGACAAAUAUAUAUUUAUUUUUUUGUUAUUUAGUUAUUUAUUUAUUUUUUUCUAUUCUUGCCCACGUCUGCAUGAAUUUGGUCUGACAUGACAAAAAAAAAGAAAAAGACAGAAAGAAAGAGGGCAGAGUCACUGCAGACAAGGACAAACUACAGGAGUGGUUCUGCUCAGAGCAGCAGAUUGGUGCAGCUGCGAGGACGAUGAAGUGCAGACUUUACAUCCACCUGGAGGAACGGACGUGCUCACACAGGAUUUUCAGACAGUUUUUAGCCACGAUGUUUUYAACCGAGUAUGGAUGCAGUUCUUUAUUUACUAAUUUUGCCACGUUUGUACUGAUAUACUCUAUAUUUGUCUUAUCUUAAAACCUGCUGGGAGUCUGUGCAAAAAGUGUUUGCCAGUGAUUAGGUGAUUCGUAUGUAGCACUUCAAAUUACCCAAAGUAUUAUGUAGUAUAUAAUUUUUUUUGUUAUUUAUGUAUUUAUUUAUUUGUUGCACAUAAUGAGAAUGAUGGUAAAACAUUUUCACACACAUUCUUGAACAAAUUGAUUAAACUCUACUUUUAAUUGGCAAAAUAAUGAUUUUACCACAUUUUAACACGUUAAUAUUUGGUGAAACCUCAAAUUUGCUAAUAUGUAGAAAACACCUUUAUUUUCCCUUAUUCCACAUCUUCAUAAGUGAAAAUCAAAUGAGGAGGGUUUUUAUUCUCUGGUAAAAUCUCACAAACAUAACUAUUUUAAUGCACUGGAAUAAUUUAACAGUGCAGCCACAAAUGACUGUAUUAGCAUAACUUUUUUGUUCCUUGUGAGCAAUCAAGCUUUAGCAUAGAGACAAACUGUUUCAAAUUUUUGUCACAGAAAACCUUUACUGUAUGUGAGAAGAUAAAAUGUAUAAUUUAUUAUAAUUUAUUUAUUUAUUUAUUUAUUGCCCAAUUGUUAAUCUGUUCAUCAUAGAAUUAAUUCUUGAACAACGUUUGCUGCAAACAUUCACCCAAAUGCUAAUAUUUGCCUUGUAAAUUAUUAUUAUUGUUAGAUUAUUAGGAAAAUCCUUGUGGUUUUUACCACUAAAACAAUUACCUGUUUCAUUUCAAAGCCAAAGCAGUAUGAAUCGGAUUAACUGCUUUAUUUUGAUGAUCAAAUCUGUUAAAAUUAAAGUAUUCAGUUUGCAGUUUUACGAGCAGGAAACGGUAAACAUCAGUGUGUUUAAUCAAUUUGCGUUUUGCAAGAAAUGCAGCUCUGUUGUUGUGUUUAUUGAUCAACCAAAUGACAUCUAUUAUGUUUUUAUGAAGGAUACUAUAAAAAGAUGACAGCAUGAAGAUUUUAUUCUCAUUCGAUGCUACAGUGUUCUGUGAAAAUGCAUUAGUUGUUCUGCAGAUUUGUUUUACGGCCUCGAUUGAAGCUGGUUAGCUGGUUUAAAUAUCGUCCCGAUUUUAGUGCGAUUUUCUUUUUUUCAUCAUGAAACUGACAGCUUCUUGGGUUCGAAUGCUCAUUAGAGUUGAAACGUCUGAAUAGGAGCUACAGUUUCAGUUAAAAUGGAGGCUUUUGGCAAAUUUAGGACUUACCAGAUAGUGUUUUUAUUCAAAAUGAAGGUGCCAAAAUUAUUGGCACUGAAUCCAAUUCCAUCAGCAUUUUUUCACAAGGAGCUGAGAGGCAAACCUGCAACCUUCUUCCUGUGAGGUGACAGCUCUGUUCAAUCAAAUUCCAGUUCCUAAAUGCUUAAUAGAUAUAAACUGAAGCCCAUCAUUGCAAAUAUAAAUGGACAUUAAAUAUCACAGUUCAGGACAAACAAUGCCUUAACUUGCACCUUAGAGUUUGUCCCUCAUCAUGUAGUGGAGGAAACAAGUAUUUGAUCCCUUGCGGAUUUUGCCAUUUGCCUACUUACAAAGACAUGAACAGUCUAUAAUUUUAAGGGUAGGUUCAUUUUAACAGUGAGGGAUAGAAUAAAAAAAAUCCAGAAAAUUACAUUAUAUAAAUUAUAUACAUUUAUUUGCAUUUUGCAGAGAGAAAUAAGUAUUUGAUCCCCUACCAAACUUUAAGAUUCCUGGCUCCUACAGACCAGUUAGACUCUCCUAAUCUCAUUACCUGCGUUAAAGUUCAGUCCAUGUAUCAUUAAAGACAGCUGUUUUAACAUGUCACCUGUAUAAAAGACUCCUGUCCACAGACAAUUAAUCAGUCAGACUCUAACCUCUGCAACAUGGGAAAAAACAAAGAGAUGUCUAAGGAUGUCAGGGACAAGAGCAUAGACCUGCACAAGGCUGGAAUGGGCUGCUGGGUGAGAAGGAGGCAACUGUUGGUGCAAUAGUAAGACAAAACGACUGUCAAUCCGCAUCGAACUGGGGCUCCAUGCAAAAUCUCAUCUCGUGGGGUAUCCUUGAUCAUGAAGAAUGGUAAAUGGUACUGAACUUAUAGAGCGCUUUUCAAGUCCCUCCGGACCCCAAAGCGCUUUACACUAACAGACAUUCACCCAUUCACACUCACAUUCACACAGAAGAAGAAGRUGAUAGAUCAAUGGGCGAACUUGUAAAUGAUCUCAAGGCAGUUGAGCCCACAGUCACCAGGAAAACCAUUGGUAACACAUGACACAGUAAUGGAUUUAAAUCAUUCAGUGCCCACAAGCUCCCCCUGCUCAAGAAGGCACAUGUUCAGGCCCAUCUGAAGUUUGCCGGUGAACACCUGGAUGAUUCUGAGAGCGAUUGGUGCUGUAGUUGUAUGAGACAAACUUUGAGCUCUUUGGCGUUAACUCAACUCGCCAUGUUUGGAGGAAGAGAAAUGCUGACUAUGACCCAAAGAACACUGAGGUGGAAACGUUAUGUUUUUGGGGGGUUUCUYUGCUAAAGGCACAGGACUACUUCACCGCAUCAAUGGGAAAAUGGAUGGAUCCAUGUACCGUAAAAUUCUGAGUAACCUCCUUCCCUCUGCCAGGGUGUGCCGUAGCUGGGUCUUCCAGCACAACAAUGACCCAAAAAAUAUAGCCAAGGCAACAAAGGAGUGACACAAAAAGAAGCACAUUAAGGUCAUGGAGUGGUCUAGCCAGUCUCCAGAUCUUAAUCCUAUCGAAACCCACUGAGGGGAGCUGAAAGUCCAUGCUGCCAAGUGACAUCCUCAAAGUCUUGAUUAAUAGAUGAUAGAAAGAGGAGUGGACCAAAAUUCCUCCUGAAAUGUGUGCAAACCUCAACAAGAAAAGUCUGACUGAUGUGCAUGCCAACAAGGGUUUUGCCACCAAGUAUUAAGUUUAGUUUUUUUAGAGGGAUCAAAUAAUUAUUUCUCUCUGCAAAAUGCAAUUGUGUAUAAUUUAUGCAAUAUAAUUUUUCAGAUUUUUUUGAAAAUAUUUUUUAUUUAUCAUUUAUUCACCAUUAUUUAAUAUGCCAUCUCUCACUGAAAAAAUUAACCUACCCUUAAAAUUAUAAACUGUUCACGUCUUUGGGCAAACUUGCAAAAUCAGCAAGAGAUCAAAUACUUAUUUCCUCCUCUGUAUAUUUGAUACGAUAUAUGAAGUUGCCUUAUUUUUGUUCAGCUUCAGUAUUUCUGUAUACUCACAUGGCAAGUUCUCAUGGAUGCAWAUGAAGUAUUUCACAUUAAUUAUAAUUGUGGUUAUUAUAAAAUCAACAAGGUAAAUACAAACUGAUAUAUGUUGACRGAUUUAAAUAAAUAAAAGUUUUUUAGCUCUUGGAAUUUUGUAGUUUAUAACACUUUACCUGUUAGAAUUUGACAAUGUGCUGUAAAUCAGGUUUUGUUAGUUGACUUUAGGUUGAGUCGAGUGUAAAAUACCUCAUUUUGUUUUCCAGUGACUGACUUGACUGCCUCGAGUGUUUUGUUAUGAACUUCUGAGUUUAAUAAAACUUGGAUCAAAGCUGCUUCUGAAGACGGUGAAGGUGGUAACGUGGCAGUGAUUGUGGACUUUACUGACUGGAGUUUUUGUGUUGAUUAAGAUGAGGAGGAUAACAGUAAAAACUAAAUGACAAAUGAAAAUAAAAUAUUUUUAACAAAUCAUUCCCACAAUAAAAUUAGCAACACGA